AUGCACACCGAGCAUUCAGUUGUAGAGUAUCCGGUAGACGACAAUAUGGCUUGGAUCAAACAUACGACCGUAGUCUGGGUAGACAUAGGGCAACCCCUCUGGCAAGCCCACACCUAUACUGCCUGGUGUUUUAGGGAUGGGUUUGAUGAGUUUGGCCAUGUCCGAGCACCCGAGCCUCCAGUGGCGGAGCCGGAUUCGGAGCCGGAGGAGUCGCAGGCCGAAUACGACCCGAUGGAUGUGGACUUAGAUGUAGAGUCGGAGGAGGAACCUAUAGAAGAGCCGCCCGAAGAGGAGCAUGAGGAGGCCCCGGAGAAGGAACCCGAAGAGGAGUAUGAGGAGGCCCCGGAGGAGGAACCCAAAGAGGAGUAUGAGGAGGCACCAGAGGAGGAACCAGAAGCAGAGUCAGAGGAGGAACCAGGAGAGGAGUAUAAGGAGAAUUUGGAGGAGGAGUCUGAAUCAAAGGAACGGAUUGAGGUGCCAUUAGAGUCGGGGGAUGAGGAUAACCCGAUCGUGAUCGAGGCAGACUCUGAGACUUCAGAGGAGCACGUGUCUCAGGAGGACUCAGAUUCGGAUUCUGGGGAGACCGAAUCGGAAUGGACGCCGUCUACUGGGCGUAGGGGCUAG